AUGCAUUCAGGUCACAAUUAUCGGCAUUCUAGGAGAUCAGCCUGUGAUCGUUGCCGUGGUCAAAAGUUACGGUGUGAGCGUGCCCACAUGAAUGGAAUGUCUUGUGAGCGUUGUUUGAAGGCACAAGAAAUGUGCAUUACAAGUAUCAACCAACCGACAGCGGCUAUUUUGCCUUCAAAUCAGGACUACAACAUUCUUACUCGUCAUCACCAGGGUUCUGGAUUCAAUGAAAAUCGUGAUCCAAUGUCUCUUCUUCACAAAUCGUUCGGCUCAAAAGUGAAAAAGUCAUUUCAUCCACCUUCUACAAUCAUGGGGAGAUACGUGCACGGCUGCUGGGGAGAGUCUGCGACAUUGCCGCUUCUUCCGGAAGACAAACUCUUGACUCAACCAGAGGACAAUUCAUUCGACAUGUCCCUUCACUUUGCGAAUGGUCCUGUUCCUUCGGAAUUAUGGGAAAACCAUCAUUACUGGCCUACUGGUGCUCACAGCCCCGUUUAUUCUGAGUAUAUUCCAACCGAGCAAAACACGAGCUCUUCCAAGUUAUACAGUGACAAUUUAUUGGAAACUAAGAGCGACCCCAAUGUGGCAAUCAAAACACCCCAUCAACGCCAGUGUCCUGAUUAUACAGGCCUAGAAUCAUCUGUGGGAUCGAGAAAUGUGUCACACUUUGACUGGGCAAAUUAUCAAGAUCUUGCAAUUAGUGAGGGACCGAUUCCCUCGCCAAUUCAAAAAGAAAAUCCCCCUUCACAGCAGGAUGUCCGCAAACGUCUCUUGAGGUUAAAGGAUGGACUUCUCGAAGAUUUAGACUUGCUGGGGAACGGGUCUAACGUCAUUGCACCUUCAUUAUUUGCGCAUGAUCAUUUUAGCGCUUCUAUUGAAACACUGAACCUCCCCAUAUCUCGUCUGCUUGAACAUUCUUCUUCGCUUUUAGAUAUUGUUCAGUCAUUGUGUGGCACGACUGGUGCAACAGACGAAGAUCCUAAUCUAACACCUUCUACCAAACCCCCUCAGUUCCAGAAUCCGAGUUCUGAAGAUCCAUUCAUUCAUCAUUCCGAUGCUGGUGACAGUGGGUUAGAUGAAAGUGUGACCACAAUGUCAUCCCUUGAUUCUGGCUACCAGACCACAAUAGCCUCUCCUGAUCGCAUGACAACGACCACAUCUCCAAAAUACGACAUCACCAUGUGGCUCAGUGUUCUGGAGGCGCAUUGCUACCUAUCACGCAUCUAUCGUGCUGUUUUCACCCGUUUGUAUCAAUUACUUCUCAUAAUUCCCCCAGCCGACGCAGCUACAUUUCUACUGUUACCUAAAUUUCAAUACGGAGAGCAUCGUUUUGAUACGAAAUUUACGGGACAGGUCAAAGUGCUUGUCGAAAUUGCCUCUAAAAUGAUGUGGAGAAUUGACAGAGCACUGGGAUUACGAUCAAGUUCCAACCGACCCGAAGUUGACGGAGAGCCAAGCUCACUUGAAACAUUCCGCGAGAACGAUUGGUCCGUAUCUCUGAGGGAUUUUGUACUUGCGCAGGAGCAAGAUCCUUGUGAAAUGUCUUUGAUGGAGAUAAUGAAGUGCUUGCGGCAGCUCGUUGGGGAUACAGUCAUUACUUGA